AUGUGUAAUAUUAAAAAAGAUGUUGAGAUAUAUAAUGCUCCUCAAGACCUUUCAAAUAUAAACUGUGAAAAUAUAACACAUGUAGGUAGCAUUUAUAAUAUUCAUAUUGAUAAUUUAAAAAAAUGUAAAAGUCCAGAAGAAAUAGCUAUCAAAAUAUUGAAAUCACAAAACUGGGAAAAUAAAAGAAAAUAUACAAAUGAUGAUGAAUAUUUUUAUAAAAAGAAAAAAAAAGUAUCCAAUAAUAUUUUGCAACAAAGUUAUAUAAAUGAUUCUUCAUAUUCAAUAAUAAAUGAUCAUGAUAAUAUGAACGAAGGAAAUAAUUAUAUAAACCAAAGUAAUAAUUAUAUAAACCAAAGUAAUAAUUAUAUAAACCAAAGUAAUAAUUAUAUAAACCAAAGUAAUAAUUAUAUAAACCAAAGUAAUAAUUAUAUAAACCAAAGUAAUAAUUAUAUGAACGAACAAAAUAUUUAUACUAAUAAAUAUAGUAACCAAUUAAUUAAUAAAUAUCCUAUAAAUAAUAAUAUGAAUAAUCAUAUGGGCAAUUAUAAUUAUUAUAAUAAUAUUCCUUAUAAUACAUUUGUACAAAAUCAAAAGGGGGAAUACCAAAAUCUUUUACAUAAUAAUUAUCAUCAGUUUCAAAAUUAUAAUCAAACAGAAAAUAAGAAUGAGACUAUAUAUGAUACACAUGUAGAUAAUAAUUUAAUAAAACAGAUGAAUUUAUUACAAUUAGCUUAUAAAAGCAGGUUUAAAAAAUCAAAUAAUAAUGUAAAAAUUAAUGAGGCUCUUUCAUAUAAUAAUAAUAAUGAUAAUAAUAAUGAUAAUAAUAAUGAAGUAAUACAAAAUAUAAAAAGUUCCAUUAACAAAGAAAAUAAUCAUAAAUUUUAUGAUAAUCUUCAUUAUAAUGAUAAUAUGAAGAAUAACUGUUUACUCAUCCAAGGGGAAAAAAUAUUCAAUAAUGAUUCUACAAAGAAUAAAGGAAUGCAUAAUAUACAACAAAUAAAUGAACAAACAUUAAAUGAAUAUAAAUAUAAUGAUAAUAUGAAUUAUAAUAUAAAUCGUGCCAUAGAUGAGGGAAUUAAUGGUCCAACAAGUGAUCAAAUGAAGGAAACUACAGAUGAUUCGAGAGAAAAACUAAUAGAAGAACCAAUAGAAGAACAAAUAGAAGAACAAAUAGAAGAACAAAUAGAAGAACCAAUAGAAGAACAAAUAGAAGAACAAAUAGAAGAACCAAUAGAAGAACCAAUAAAAGAACCAAUAGAAGAACCAAUAGAAGAACCAAUAAAAGAACAAAUAAAAGAACAAAUAGAAGAACCAAUAGAAGAAUCAAUAAAAGAACCAAUAAAAGAACAAAUAGAAGAACCAGUAGAAGAAUCAAUAGAAGAACCAGUAGAAGAACCAAUAGAAGAACCAAUAGAAGAACCAAUAGAAGAACCAAUAAAAGAACCAAUAAAAGAACAAAUAGAAGAACCAAUAGAAGAACCAAUAGAAGAACCAAUAAAAGAACCAAUAGAAGAACCAAUAGAAGAACCAGUAGAAGAACCAGUAGAAGAACCAAUAAAAGAAUCAGUAGAAAAACCAGUAGAAGUACCUAUAAAUGCCCCCACAAAUGAUCAAAUAUAUCCACAAAACCUUAAUGAACAUUUAAUACCAGUCAAUUUAAAAAGCACAUGCCAUUUCAACAAAAUAAAAAGCUCAACCUCAAAUAUUUUCAGAAUUGAUAACACUAUUCCUAUCCAAAUAAAGGAUAAUAAUUUUUUAGAAUAUUCAAAUAACAAUAAUAAUACAUAUAUUGAUCAACCAAAUAAGGAAGACAAACAGCUAGAGGAACACUUGGAUACCUUUUUAGAUUUGACUGAGGGAGAUAUAAUUAAUAAUAAGAAGAAAAUGAAGAGAAUAAUUAAUUAUAUAGAAGAAUACAUAAGAAAGGGGAAUAUAAAAAAUAUGGAAAGGCAUAAAUUAUUUUUUAAUGAUAAUAAGAUAGAAUUAAUAUAUAAUAAAUUAUUAUCAAACUGUAAGAACAUUUUGAACAUAGAAAUAAGUUAUAGAAAAAAUAAAGUUGCGGAAGAAUAUACAUCAGAAGAAGAUAUAAGUAUGAACGAUAUAAAUAAUAAAGAUAAUAUAUAUAUGAAUGAUAUUAAUAUGGAUUAUUUAAAUAUGAAUAAUAUAAAUUUUAAUGACCAAGUGGAUUAUAAUUCCAUAGAAAAAAUAAUUGAUAAGGAAUAUUCUUCAAAUCUUUUAUUACAUAAAAAAAAAAAAAGAGAUAAAGAAAAAGUACAAGAACAAAAUAUAAACAAUAUUAUGAUGAAUGAAUUAAUAUUUGGGCAAUAUAAUAUUUUAUUAUACUUACUGAUGUUACAUUUUGAUGUUUUUAAAAAUAAACAUAUGAAUAUAGAUGAUAUAAAUGAUAAUAUAUUAUUAAAUUUAAAAAUCCAUAUGAAAAAUGUUAUAAUAAAAUUAUAUUUGAAUCAAGUUAAAAAUGGAGUUAUUGAAUUUUAUAAUAUAAAUGAAAUAUAUUUAAUAGAAAUAUAUAAUAUAUAUGAGAAAUGUUUAUUUUAUUUAUAUAAUAUAUAUAUAUAUAUAGAAAAAUAUGACACAGUAUUAAUAAAUUUAAUUGAUGUCUGUAUGUUGACCUUUCAAAUACAUCAUAAUGUUCAAGAUAUUAUAAAACAUUCGAUUAAUUUGUUAUUACGUGUAUUUAAAAAUAAUAAUAAAAAAAUGAAAAAAUAUAUUAUAGACAAUUUACUCAUGAAUAUAAAUAAUGUUAAUUUUAAAUACAACAAAUUGAAUUUUAAGAAUUUCCAGAAUAAUUCGACAUAUGUUCAUUUGGUUCAUUUCUUUUUGUUGAAGGUUGCAGAGACGUUUUCUUUUUAUGAGGGAGAUAUGAAAGAAAAAUUUUGUCUUAGCAAGCAGAGGGAUGCACAAAGGAUGAGUCUUGAUAGUAAGAAAGGUAAAAAUGAUGAUGAUGAUAGUGACGAUUAUUAUCAUGAUGAUGACGAUAAUGAUGAUUAUCAUGAUGAUGAUGAUAAUGAUGAUUAUCAUGAUGAUGAUGAUAAUGAUGAUUAUCAUGAUGAUGACAAUAGUGAUGAUUACCAUGAUGAUGACAAUAGUGAUGAUUAUCAUUAUGAUGACAAUAGUGAUGAUUAUCAUGAUGAUGAAGAUAACGAUAGUUUAUAUAAUAUCAAUAAUGAUGAUAGCGAUUAUGUUGAUGAAAAAUCAUAUAGAAAAAAUCCAAAUAAGGAAUCCAUUAAUAAUACAAGCGAUUCAAAUUUAUCUGAGGAUUCCUUUUGUCUAUCAUUAUUCAGCAGCGAAAACGAUAAUAAAAAUAAUAUUGUUAAUAAUAAUUGUAAAAAUGAAAAAGAUAUUAAUAUAUAUUCAAAAAAAAAAAAAAAAAAAAGUCAAUUUUAUUACAAAGAUCCUAAGGAAGAAAAAAAAAUAUAUUCAUUAAGAAGUAAAAAAAAGAUGAUAAAUCAUUAUGAUUAUCAUAAUUUAAAUAAUAAUAUAAAGAAAAAAAAAAUAUAUAAUACACGGACAAAAAAUAAGAACAUUAUUGAUAGUAAGAGUAUUAAAAAUAAAGGUAAAAAGAAAAAAUGCAUUUUUAUCAAUAAAACUAAUAAUUAUAAAAAAGAAAAAUAUAAUAUAAAAUAUGAUAUAAAUGGAAAUAUGCAAAAAAAUGAAGAUUCACAUUUUAUGUCUUGUUUCCAUAAUUUUAUGAUGAGAAAAAAUUUUAAAAGAUUAAAUAAUAUAAUAAAUUAUAUCUUAAUAGAAAUGAUUGAAAAUUAUUUGUUUGAAGAUAAUAAAAAUGGUAGAAUAAUUUUACAACAUUUUAUUUUAGAUCUUAUAAAAUGUUGUGAUAAUCCAAGAUUCAAUAUAAGUUCACAAUUUAUAAAAAAUAUUAUUCAUAUAUUUUUUGAUAUAAUUAAUAAAAAAUAUGAUAAUAAUAUAAAAGAAACUUGUCUAUAUUUAUUAAGAUAUAUUUUUAAAUAUAUUUUUAAUAUAUAUAAUUAUAUUAAUAAUUUCUCUUAUCAUAUGUUAUAUUAUUUCAAUUAUACUAUGAAAACAAAUAAAUAUAUACAACCUCUAUUUUAUAAUUUAAAUAAUCAUACUUUAUAUGAAAAACAUAAAAUAUUUCAACAUGAUCUUAAUAAUCAAACGGAAGAUAUUAUUAUUAAUAAUAAUGAUAAUAAUAUAAAGGGAAAAAAAAAAAAAAAAAAUAUAAAUAUCAAAAAAAAUAUAAAUAUAAAAAAAAAAAUAAAAAAGGUUACAAACAUAAAUUCGGAAGAUAAAACUAAUAAUGAUAAAAACAAUAUAGAAUUAAAAAUAUCACCAAAUAAGAAAACAUUUAAUCAAACUAAAUGUUGUAAUGAGCCAAAAUAUGAAGACACAAUUCUUAGAUGUGUGCAAUGUCAAUCUUUUUAUCAUAUUAGUUGUAUUGAAAAAAAAAAUAGUAAAAAUAUUUUAUUCCAAAAAGAUACUUAUGACUUAAAUGAAUAUAAUGAACAAAAUUUAUUUCUAAGAAAUAAAGAACAGAAUAAAGAGUUACAAAACGUUGACAUAUUUGAUAAAAGAGAAGAAGAAAAUAAUAAAAGUAAUCUAAACGAAUAUAAAAAUGGAAAUAAAAAAUAUAAAGAAGAAAAAAAAGAUAUAUACAAUAAUAAUUAUUAUAAUAUUAAUAAUAUAAAUAAAACAAUAUAUACAUCAAAUAUAGUUGAUUAUAAUUGUGAUAUUUGCAAAAUAAAAAAUUUGAUAAAAAUAUUUAUUAUGAGAGAGAGUGAAAUAAAUAAUAGUUUCUUAAAUUUAUUGUUUAAAAAGAAAAAAGAAAAAAAUAAAGGAUUUUAUUGUUAUGAUAAAUUUAUUAAUAGCUUGAAAAUUUUUAUAGUAUAUUAUUAUUAUAUAUUGAUACAUAUUAAUAAAGACAAAAUUAAUGAUGACAUUGAUAAGGAUAAUAAUUUUGUAUAUUCAUAUAUAUUGUUAUUAUAUAAUAAUUUUGUAUAUGAAAAGAAUAAAAAAAAGGAUGAUACUACAGUUUCAAAUUCAACAAAAAAUAAAAAUAAAAUGAAACAGAUACAAAGGGGUAAAAAUAAAAUCAAACAUAUACAAAGUCAUAAAAAUAAUGACGAAAAAAAAUAUGAUGACAAAAAAUAUGAUGACAAAAAAUAUGAUGACAAAAAAUAUGAUGACAAAAAAUAUGAUGACAAAAAAUAUGAUGACAAAAAAUUUGAUGACAAAUAUAUUGAUGAACAAAAGAAAAAAAAAAAAAAUUUAAAUUCAAUAAAUGAUAUGCUAAUUUACGAAUUUAAAAAUGUUAAGAAAAAUGAAGAAAUGUGUUAUUCUUUUAGUUCUACACAUAAUUUUGAUAUAUAUAUAAAUUAUGCUUGGAAGAUGUAUUUAUAUUUUUUCUUUUAUGAUUUCUUUUUUAUAGCAUUUAAUCAAUUAUUUUAUAUCUUAUAUGAAAAUAGCAAUAAAAAUUUAAGAUAUUAUAGUAUAUCUAUAAUUAGCAAUAUUAUAAAUGAUAAUUAUUUAUAUCUAAAAAGUAAACAAACACAACAUAUAUUACUAUCAUGUUUGACAGAUAAUUAUUUAAAAGUUAGAGAAUAUACCUUAUAUAUUUUUUAUAAUUUCUGUAAGCAGUUUCUAGAUAUAGAAAAUUUAAUUAUAUAUCAAAAAGAAAUUACAACAUUAUUAUAUGAUCAAUCAAAAAAAAAUAUAUAUCCAUGUCAUCAAAAAAAUGAUACAUUAUCUAAUACACCAAAAGAAAUAUUACAAAAAAAUUAUAAAAAAAAAAUCUGUAAUCUAAAGAAUAAUAAUAAUAAUAAUAAUAAUAAUAAUAAUGAAGUAGAAUUAAUUAAUACACAGGAAAUAGAAAAUAAUAAAAAUAAUAAUCAUCAACAAAUUGAUGAUAAAAAUUAUUAUUCAGUUAAUCAACAAAAACAGAAUCAUAAAAAUAUUUUAGAUCUUAAUGAAUAUAUUACAAACAAUAUUGUUGAAUCAAUCAAAAGAUGUUCAAAGGAUAUAAAAAUAAGUGUAAGAAUUAUAAGUGUCAAAAUAUUAAAAUAUAUUAUAUAUUUUAAUAUAUAUAUCAAAAGAUAUAAUGAAUCCAUUUACAAAAAGGAUAUCCAAAAUUAUGAUAAUCACAUCAUAGAUAAGGAUUCUAAUUAUUCACAUAAUAAUAAUAAUAAUAAUAAUAAUACUAAUUAUUAUAGUGAACAUGCUCAUAAUAAUUAUUAUGAAGAAAAAUAUUUAAAAAAUCAACAAAACACAUCAUGUCAUAAUAUACAGCAAAUAAAUGAAGAGAAUAUUAAACAAAAUUGUAGUGUUGAAAAUAUUUCUAUACUUAAUGAUUUAAUUGAAAGAUAUGUAUCUACAUAUGAUAAUGAUAACAUGAAAAAUAGUGUUAUGGAAAUUUUUAUUGAAAUUUUUUUUAUCAAUAUUUUUAAAACAAUCAAAAUGAAAAAUAAAUAUAGUAGUUUCAACAAUGAGAAUAAUCAAAUACAUUCUUGUUAUAAUAAAAAAAUAGGAAAUACAGAAGAUGAUAUUUAUUAUGAAUCAUUUUUAAAAGAUAUACAUUCUGAUGAAAGUCAAUCAUUACAACAACAUGAAAAGGACAAAAAAGACAAAGAAGAUGAUGAAGUAGAUGAUGAAGUAGAUGAAGAAGAGCUAACAGAUCAACAUAGUCAUAAUAAAUAUAUAAAAGUUGAAAAAGAUAUUUAUAUCUUAUUUAUUCAUCUAUUGUAUGUUAUGAAAAAUAAACACAAUAUAAAUAUUGUAAACAAAAUGCUUUCCUACCUUGAUAAAAAUAUAAAGAAAUAUCAGGAAUUAUUCGAUUUAACUGACAAAAUUUUUGAGAAUAAAACAUUAAAUGAAACUGAUAAUUAUAAUAAUAAUAAAAUAUUAAGAAAAGGAAAACAAACAGAUAAUUACAAGUAUUCAAAAUGUAGUGAUACAAAUUAUUAUAAUAAUAGUAUAUAUGAUUAUAAUGUCGAUAAUGAAAUAAAUACAGAAAUAGAAACAGAAAAUGAAGAAGACGACCAAGAAAAUGAAUAUAUAAAUAAAAAUAUAAAUGUAAAACAAAAUGAUAACAAAAAGAAUAAGAAGAAAAAACAACGUAAAAAUAAUAAUAUAAAAAAAAAAUUUCAUAAGGAUAAAGAAAAUCAAAAUAUUUCUAAUAGAGGAGAUCAACAAAAUAAUAAUUAUAUAGCAUAUAAUAGCAAUAUGGUAAAUAUUAAAAAUAAUGUUUAUAAUAUAUAUAUUAAUAAUUCCUAUAAACAUUUAGAUAUUUUAAAUAAAAAAAAUAUAACAUAUAUUUUAGAAGUAUGGAUUUAUAAUUUAAUUUGUCUUUUUAUAAAAACUCGAAGAAAUAGUUUACUAGAAAAUGAAACGAGGAAAAUUAUGAAUAUUCUAAAUAUUAUUAUAGAAAUUAUUCCUGAAUUAUUCAUAAAAUAUGUUAAUUUUUUUUAUCCAUAUAUAUAUAAUAAUGAUGUAUCAAAAGAUGUAUGUGAAUUAUUAUCUUCUAUAUUUCCAUAUUGUAAAUUAGAUUUGCAAUUAAAAUUACAAUUUAAGAAAGUUACAUUUAAUAAUUCUUUAUUAUAUCAUCAUAAUAUAUUUAUAUCAAGAUCAUAUAUACAAUUAUUAUGUACAUUGCAUACAUACAUAUUUUCUAAUUUUGUUUAUUUUAAAACAUAUAUAGAAGAAUGUUUUAUCAAACUGUAUAAAUACAAAUUAUGUUUUCUUAUUAAUAAUACAGUGCUUCAGCUCAAUAAUUUUGUAAGAGAGUUCUAUUUAAUGAACCAAGAGCAAAAGGAAGAAAUCAAAAAUAAUUUGAUACGUUUAUAUAACAACCAUUUACAGAAUGUGAAUCCAAAUAAUUUAAGACAUGAUAGAAAUGUAAAUGAUGAAAAAAAAGGAAAAGAGUUAAAUAAUACUCUGGAAUAUAAAAAUCAUGAAUCUAAUCAAAAUAAAGAUGAAUCCAAUAAAUAUAAUGAUAAAAAUCCAAAUAAUUUAUCAAAUCCUGAACAUUUUUUUAUUUAUAAUAUUAUAGAUAUUACAUAUGAAGAAUUUAUUUCUCAUUUAGAUCUAUAUAAGAAACAUAUUUUUGAUAUAUUUUCGAUUACACACAAUGAUAUAAUAAACAUUAAUAAAUAUGCAUGGCUCAUAUCUAUAAUGUGCGAAUUCAUAAAUAUGAAUAAAAUAAUUAUUAAUGAUGUGUAUAAUGUGAAUGAAAUAGAUGAAUCAGUACAUAUACAAAUACAAAAUGAACAUCAAGAAAAGCAAACAAAAAAUCACAACAAUGAUAAGAAUAAUAUAAAUGUAAAUAUAUAUAGUAAUAAUAAUAUUAAUAGUAAUAAUAAUAUAAAUAGUAAUAAUAAUAUUAAUAGUAAUAAUAAUAUUAAUAGUAAUUAUAAUAAUUAUAAUAAUUAUAAUAGAGAGCCCUUACUAUCAGACAAAUUUAAUAUUCUUUGUUCUAAUAAUAAUAUGAAAUAUAUUAAAUUAUCAGAUAUUGUAAAAAAUGUCAAAGUCUAUAUAAAUGCUAUUUUAUAUUUUGAAUUUAUUUAUAAUAAACAAAAUGAUUAUAUAAAAAGAUGGAAUAUUUUAAAAUUAAAAAAUGAAAUUAUUUCUGAAAUUAUACAAAAAAAAAUAAACAUAAAUAAAAUAGAGAAAUGUAAUGAUAUUUUUAAUUACAAAUUUUAUAACGUAUCCUUAAUAUUAGUUAAUAUAUUAAUUGAUCUAUUUUAUAUAACCAAUGAUAUUAAAUGUAAAUGUUUUUUCUUACAUUGCUUAUGUAAAAUAUUAUCAAAUUAUCAUAACUCCCAUUUUAUUAAUGAUCUAAAAUUAAGAAAUGUUUUCUUCUAUUGUAUUGAUGCAUUUUCUAAUUCUGCAUUACAAAAAAGUUUUCUUUACUCUCUUCUUCAAUUAAUUAAGACAUAUGAACAAUUUCUACGAAACAAAAAUAACAUUAACAUUGCUCAAAGUGGUAACACUAAAAACAAUGAAAACAAUCAUAUUACAUUUAAAAAAAUGACACAAAUGGUGACAAACGAAGAAAAACAGCACAAUAAAAACAAUAUAAUGAAAAAAAAUAAAAAUAAAUGUUUUUCAAGUGAUGAACUAACUACUUGUGAUGAUAGGGAAUAUUCCUCCUUUGCAAUUUCUUGUAUUAACCCACAAAGUUCCUCUUCUCAAAGUCCUAAUUUAUGCGAGAGUAAUGAUAAUGAAAUAGCUAGCCAUUCUGGAAAAAACAAUACCAAAAAAAUAAAAAAAAAAAAAAAAUUGGGUCAGGAAGAAAAAAUGAAUACAGAAGAAUUAUACGAAGAAAACGAGACAUCAGUUGCAGAUAUAAAACUGGAAGAAGAACUUGUAAAAGGUACAAAUAAAAAGAAUCAGAAAAAUGAAAAAAUAGAUCCAAAAAAUUAUAGCAUUAAUGAAAAAAAGCUAAAAAAAAAUCAUGUAAAAUGUCAAAAAAAUUAUGGUCAGGAAAAUAUUAAAAAUUAUGAAAGUAAUAAAAAUGAUGUAAAUGGUACACACCAUUUAAAUAAUCAAUUGGUAGAUGAUCAUAAUAUUACUAAUAAAAGAAAUGUGGACAAAAAUCAGAAUAAGGAUAUUAUACACGUUUUGCUGGUAGCCUCACUAUUUUCUCAAAAAAUUAUUGAUUUAUUAAUGGUAAAUAAAUAUAUGUAUAUGGACUGCACACAAGAUGAAUUAAAUUUUAUUAAAUGCUUAGGUAUACAAAUAUUAAGUCAUUUAUAUAAAGAAGGUUUUAUUCAGAGUAGUAAAAUAUCACCAAGUAUUUUUUGUUUAUGCUUUUCUCCUGAUAUAAAAUUAAAAUCACGUAGUGAAAAGGUAAUAAACUGUAUCAUAGAAAAAGAAAAUUAUAACUUUUUAAAUAACUUAGCUGAAUGUUUACAAUAUCUGUUGUUUUAUAUAAUUGAAAAUAAUUAUAUGUAUAAUAAUAGGGAAUCAAAUAAUAUAAAUAAUUUAUUCUUAUUUAAUAAAAUAGAAUCAAGUUUCUUCAAAACAUUGCUUGAUAUUUAUGAAAACUUAACAUCCAAAAAAUUAAAAAUAAAAUAUCUUAAAAUUAUAUUGAAAGAGAUUGAAAAUACUUGUCACUUUAUUUUAUACGAUAAAAUAAUAAAGUUUAUAAGAGAAACAAAUGGAAAAUAUAAUAAUAGUAAUAAUCACAGUAAUAUACAUGAUAAUAAUAAUAAUAAUAAUAAUAAUAAUAAUGAUGGUGAUGUCUAUUAUAAUAAAAAAAAUAUUUAUAAUAAUCAAGAUUUGUCAAAAAAUAUUAUGAUUCAUAUUUAUCCUAUAAAUCAAAUUUAUUCAUAUAUUAUUAAUAGGUAUAUAAUAUUACCAAAUAAUAAAACUAUUAAAAAGAACGGUAAAUCAAAAAAAUUUAAAGAAAUUACUACAUCUUCUUUAUCUUCAUGCUCUUCAUCAUAUUCUUCAAAUGGUUUGUAUAAUAAUGAUGACAAAUUUAAAAAGAAGAAAAAUAAAGAAAAUAAUAAAAAGAAAAAGAACAGUGAAAGAUCUAAACAUAAAGAUUUAUAUUAUAAGGAAAAAACAUCAUCAUCAAAAGAUGAUUCAAGUGUGACAGAAAAUAUAUAUGAUAAUGAUAAUUAUGAAAUUAAGAACUGCAAGAACAUUAUGGAAAAAAUAAGAAAUAAAUAUAAUUAUUUAUUAAACGAUUAUUAUAUGAAAAUGGAUGAAUAUAUAUAUAUUAAUUAUUUCCUAUUCCUAUAUUUACAAAUUUUAAUAAAUUUAAUAUCAUAUUUAAACUUUUCUACAUAUAAUGAAAUAGCCAUAUUGAUUCAUGACAUUAAUAAACUUUAUUGUAUUAUAUCAUCAACACUACAUAUGGAUAUGUAUGCAGAUGAUAUUUCAAAAACAAAUGAAGAAUCCUUCUAUACAUUUAAUGAUCAUAUGAAACAAUAUACGAGUGUAAAUGAUAUAAACAUGGAAAAUGAAGAUUAUCUGUCUAUUAAUUUAAAUUUAAACAAGGUUAAGUGCUUUGUUAUGGCAAUUUUAAAUAAUUUGACGAACAAUUUAAUAAAACACUAUGAUAUAGACACAUCAAAAUUAAAUGAAUUAAUCGAAGAAGAUAAUAUUAAAGAAAAUAAAAUAGAGGAUGAAAAAAGAGAAGAACCAAAAAACAAUAUUUUUAAUUAUUUGGAAUAUAUAUAUGAGUGUAUUGAAAUAUUUAUUGAAGAUAAUAAUACAAUUGUUGAAAAAUAUUCUAAAUGUCAUUUGAAUAUCCAUAACUUAAAUAACGAUUAUAUAAAUAAAUUGAUAAAUGAUGGAAAAAACAAAAAAUUUGUACAAAAGAAAAAACAAAAGGAGACAGCUAAACAAAGACGUUUGACAUUAAAAAGAAAUAAUUAA